AAGGAGGUAACUUACUGCACGUUUCCGCGCAAUUGCUUCUAAACGCUUUACCCGGGAUACGGAGUACGACGAGUUGUCCCGGCAGAUCUUCUCGAUAUCUUUACAAGACACCCUCCUGCUCGAGAUGGCUUCCCAACACAAGGUGCUCAUGCUCGGCGCGGGCUUCGUGACACGGCCGACUCUCGAUAUCCUCAGCGAUGCUGGUAUCCCAGUUACGGUUGCAUGCCGGACCUUGGCCACUGCCAAACAGCUCUCAGCGGGCGUCAAGACGGCAACACCUAUAUCGCUCGACGUGACCGACGAGAAGGCCCUGGACGCCGAGGUGGCCAAGCACGACCUCGUCAUUAGCUUGAUCCCGUACACCUUCCAUGCAACCGUCAUCAAGUCAGCCAUCCGCAACAAGAAGAAUGUCGUCACGACCAGCUAUGUCUCGCCCGCCAUGCUCGAGCUCGAUGGCGAGGCCAAGGCGGCCGGCAUCACCGUCAUGAACGAGAUCGGUCUGGAUCCUGGCAUUGACCACUUGUACGCCAUCAAGACCAUCGACGAGGUGCACCAGGCUGGCGGCAAGAUCCUCAGCUUUCUAUCCUACUGCGGCGGCUUGCCGGCCCCGGAGGACUCGGAUAAUCCUCUCGGCUACAAGUUCUCAUGGUCCUCGCGGGGCGUGCUUCUCGCGCUGCGCAAUGACGGCAAGUGGUGGCAGAACGGGUCCGUUGUCCAAGUGGCUGGAAAGGACCUGAUGAAAACGGCGAAGCCCUAUUUUAUUUACCCCGGUUUCGCCUUUGUGGCCUACCCGAAUCGUGACUCGACGGCUUACAAGGAGCGGUACCGCAUCCCAGAGGCACAGACCGUCGUCCGCGGCACACUGAGGUACCAGGGAUUCCCUCAAUUCAUCAAGGUGCUCGUCGACAUUGGGUUCCUCGAGGAGACCCCGCUCGACAUCCUGUCCCGCCCCGUGCCGUGGAAGGAGGCAACGCAGGCCGUUGUCGGCGCGUCGUCGGCGUCGGCAGCAGAUCUUGAGUCGACCAUCCUGGCCAAGGCCACGUUCGAGUCGGACGAGGACAAGCAGCGCAUCAUGUCUGGGCUGCGCUGGAUCGGCUUGUUCUCGGACGAGCCGAUCGUGCCCAAGGGCAACCCGCUCGACACUCUCUGCGCGACGCUCGAGAAGAAGAUGCAGUAUGAGGAGGGCGAGCGCGACAUGGUCAUGCUGCAGCACAAGUUUGAGAUUGAGCACAAGGACGGCUCGCGCGAGACGCGCACCUCGACGCUGUGCGAGUACGGCGACCCCAAGGGCUACUCGGCCAUGGCCAAGCUGGUCGGCGUGCCCUGCGCCGUGGCCGUGAAGCAAGUGCUGAGCGGGCAGAUUUCCGACAAGGGCAUCCUGGCGCCCAUGAGCGCCAGGAUCAAUGAGCCGCUGAUGAAGGAGCUGAAGGAGAAGUAUGGGAUUACCAUGGUUGAGAAGACCAUUUCGUGAGCGGCGCGGGCUCAAUAGGUGUUGCCAGUGACGUAGUAGACUCGGGGUGGAAUUCUAUGGCGGUAUGGCCUACCGUCUCUUGAGGGUAAAUCUCGCCUGGAAUACGGAUAGAUGAGAAAUGGAUAGAGAAAAGUGCACUGGAGCUUUCUCACCUUGCGCCUGUGUUCAGACAGUCACUUGUUCCGUGGCUAGCUGUGUCCCUUGCUCUGGGUGUUAUUUUCUCAGCGUCUUGAUUUAGAUCCCGGGUACAACUGUUGCGCGCCUGCCGAGACAUGCACAUUUUGCAACAUCUCAUCAUCUCAUGAUGUUGCCAAAAC